AAAAUCUCCGGUUAGCCGGCCGGCGUGCUUGCUAUCUGCUCAAGCUCGUGGAUCACUGGUGGUACGUGAUGGUCCGGGGAAAGGCGGUCAUCGAGAGGAUCGAAAACACGACGAGCCGGCAGGUGACCUUCUCCAAGAGGAAGAGCGGGCUGUUCAAGAAAGCCAGGGAGCUGGGCGUCCUCUGCGAUGCGCAGGUAGCCGUCCUCCUCUUCUCCAACACCGGACGCCUCUACGACUACUCCAGUUCCAACUCCGGGAUGAAAUCCAUAAUUGAAAGAUACCAACAUGUUAAGGAGGGCCAACAAUUCAUGAGUGCAAGCGCUGAGGCUAAGUUCUGGCAAGCGGAGGGAGUGCGUCUGAGGCAACAACUACAUAACUUGCUAGAGAAUCAUAGACAGUUGCUGGGACAACAUCUAUCCGGCUUAGGUUUGGAAGACUUGAGGGGUUUAGAGAACCAGCUGGAAACAAGCAUACAUAACAUUCGGCUAACAAAGGACCAACUUAUGAUUGAUGAAACUGAAGAGCUAAAGAAGAAGGCAAGCCUCGUGCACCAGGAAAAUAUUGAGCUACACAAGAAACUAAACAUCAUUCGUCAAGAGAACAUAGAUUUGCAAAACAAGUUAAAUGGCCAGGCCGAAGUAAACGGGACAAUUACAAGUUCAUCUAGUGAGUACUACAUUGCUGCUCGAGAGGAUCCAGUUCGUCUGGAACUCAGCUAUCCAGACCAUGCAGAAAGGGAUGAGCAACCAGAAUCACCAACGCUGGGUCUAUGGCUACCAGCUGAAAGAUUCAAAAAUGACAGGCUAAAAGUUUCUACUGCUAGGACUGCCAGAUGAUCGAGGAUUGAUGUGCCAACUCCGUUCUAAAUCAAGUGCAAGUUCAUGCAUGUUUCCAGUGCUGUAAAAAUUGAAAGAUUUGGAAGCGUUCAUACUCCUCGAUGAGGAGCCACGUUGAUUUAUAUUGC